CCUGUGUCAGCAGCCGGCGCCUCUGGUCCCGUGCCCACCGCGAGCGCACGUCCCCGUCAGUGCUGGCAACCUGUCACCGCCGAGGACGUGACUCCGAGCUGCCUCCGCUCUCUCCAAGCCCUAUUCCUUUAAGAUGAUGUAAUAGUCAUUUCCCUGGAUGGUUUCUUGCCUGCACUGCUCACACAACAGCAUCCGAACUGCUCCUGGCAUCGUGGGACCUCCCAGCUUCCGAGCCCAAGCCCUGCAGGCAUCUCCUCGCCACCCCGGCUGCUUUUCUUUCCCACCUGGCGGGGACAUGGGCGUCCCUUUGCCCUUGCCCGCAGGUGGGGUGGCUGCUGCGACCCUGGGGGGCGCAUCUGUCUGUCUCCUUGCCUCUGGGCUCUCUGAAUGCCUCUAAGUCCAGGUACCUCUUGCAACUCUCCCAGGUGCAAAGGAUCUGUUCUAUAAGGUUUGGAUUUCGGAUUUUCCUUUUUCCCCCACAGAAGCUUUGGUUGAUUUUUUUUUCCUCCCCUCCACUUCUUCGACUCAGCAUCCGUCUCUCGGUUCAACUUUUUUUUCCGAUCCGUUUUAACUAGAGAUUGGAAGUGAAUCCAUACACACAUCCAUACACACAUAGAAACGUACACCUACUAGCGCUUAAGUGUGGAAUCUUGGUUUCCCGAGAGCACUUCUCUCUUGACACUUUCCAUCGAUACCUCUGUCCUUUACCUGUUUGGGAUUUGACAAGACGUCCAGGCUCAGUGUGGCUGUGGUUUCUGAUUGCUCUGGAAAAGAUUAUUUCUUCGCACGAACUGAACUGAGUCUCCAGCACUCGCUAAGGUAAGCGCAGAGACUCACUGCUUUCUCUGUCCUGCUGAAAAACGGGUCUCUUUGGAAGUUGAAAAUUGUAUAUGCCUUUCCCGUCAGAUUUGCAAACAGGAUCAAUUUGAACGGCACUUGCUGGAGACGGUGGCAUAUGGAUAAACUUAAAGACCCAAUACACCCUAGGGAAGCGCUCACUCAGUUAAGGAGUGAUUAAAGUCAGUAGGUGCAGGCUGCUUAUGUAAAAAUUAUCUUCCCUGUCAUUUUGCUCCCCUCUCCUUCCAGAGGUCUCUCCCUUUCUGACUCAUUCUGGGUCUGAGGAAAUAAUUUUUCUCUUUUCCCGUAGACAGACCUCUGGGUAACUGGGCAUUUGGCCUUCUUGCCUACGGAACCUAAUGGAAGACUGAAUGUAGACAAGCUGAUUAUUACAUUCUGUGAAGUAAGAGCUCGCUACCAGCCAGCUUUAAACUUCUCGUCCAGUGUCCAGCAUUUCUUCACCUGUGGACUCUCCUAAAAUUUGCUUUAUUGGGAAAAUAAAAAACAAAAUAAAACAAAACCUGGGUAAGAGGAGGUAAUUAACAAAAGAAAAGUUAGUACCUUUUCCUUACCUUACCAGUGGAUGCAAAGGCCAGGGCUGUAACCCAGUUGGAUUGCGCCUUUAAUUCCAGGAAGCUGCAGAAGAAAGGGACAAUGGCUCUGAGUGGGAACUGUAGCCGUUAUUAUCCUCGGGACCAAGGGGCUGCUGUUCCCAACUCCUUCCCUGAAGUCAUAGAGCUGAAUGUUGGGGGCCAGGUUUACUUUACUCGCCAUUCCACAUUAAUAAGCAUCCCCCAUUCUCUUCUGUGGAAAAUGUUUUCCCCAAAGAGAGACACUGCUAACGAUCUAGCCAAGGACUCCAAGGGAAGGUUUUUCAUCGACAGAGAUGGCUUUCUGUUCCGUUAUAUUCUGGACUAUCUCAGGGACAGGCAGGUGGUCCUGCCUGAUCACUUUCCAGAAAGAGGAAGGCUGAAAAGAGAAGCUGAGUAUUUCCAGCUCCCUGACCUCGUCAAACUCCUGGCCCCUGAGGAAGUCAAGCAAAGCCCGGAUGAGUUCUGCCACAGUGACUUCGAAGAUGCCUCCCAAGGAAGCGACACGAGAAUCUGCCCCCCCUCUUCGCUGCUUCCUCAUGACCGCAAGUGGGGUUUUAUUACUGUGGGUUACAGGGGAUCCUGUACCUUGGGCAGAGAGGGGCAAGCAGAUGCCAAGUUUCGGAGAGUUCCCCGGAUUUUGGUUUGCGGAAGGAUUUCCUUGGCAAAGGAAGUUUUUGGUGAAACUUUGAAUGAAAGUAGAGACCCCGACCGAGCUCCAGAAAGAUACACCUCCAGAUUUUAUCUCAAGUUCAAACAUCUGGAAAGAGCUUUUGAUAUGUUGUCAGAGUGUGGAUUCCACAUGGUGGCCUGUAACUCCUCGGUUACAGCAUCUUUUGUCAACCAGUAUACAGAAGACAAGAUCUGGUCGAGCUAUACUGAAUAUGUCUUCUACCGUGAGCCCUCCAGGUGGUCCUCCUCCCAUUGUGAUUGCUGCUGCAAGAAUGGCAAGGGAGACAAAGGGGAGAGUGGCACUUCCUGCAAUGACCUCUCUACUUCCAGCUGCGACAGCCAGUCAGAGGCCAGCUCUCCCCAGGAGACAGUGAUCUGUGGGCCUGUAACGCGCCAGGGCAACAUCCAGACUCUGGACCGGCCCAUCAAGAAAGGUCCCGUGCAGCUGAUCCAACAGUCAGAGAUGAGGCGGAAAAGUGACCUGCUCCGGACUCUGACUUCCGGCUCCAGGGAGUCGAACAUAAGCAGCAAAAAGAAAGCUGCGAAGGAAAAGCUCUCCAUCGAGGAGGAGCUGGAGAAAUGUAUCCAGGAUUUCCUGAAGAUAAAAAUUCCAGAUCGCUUCCCUGAGAGAAAACAUCCUUGGCAGUCUGAACUUUUACGGAAGUAUCAUCUAUAGGGGAGGGCAGUGGGUAGUCACCACUUUGAAAUAAACCUCCUGAAAGGAAGACAUAUAUUAAAGGAAAAAUAACAACUAACGAUGUGUUAGAACACAAUGUCCAUUGAUGUCCUACUGCCUACUUUGCCUAGCUCACCUUAACAUGUAAAUUCACAGGGUAGAUUUCUUUUUAGAUGUGGAACCAGAAGCGAUGCCCUUAUGUUGUCCUCUGUCUCUUAUUUGCUUGGUCCCAUGUGUUGAGAAUCUUAAGGUACAAGGAGAGCCAGCUACGUGAGUAGCUCGAAUCCCAAACCUGCUUUUUUGUUUGUUUGUUUUCUCUCAUUUUCUGCCUCCUUCCCUUGACCAAGAAUGGACAGUUGAAGGAGAUAUAACCCAGUGGCAUAUGUUAAGAAAUUAUUCUUUUUCCUUUCCUUUUGUUUAUGGGGUGAGGGGAGAACGGCAGAUUUGUAUGAUUUUCCACUAAAAUCUCUAUGUGCCAGGUUCUAUUGACUUUGUAUGCAUGAGCGUUUCUGACACAAGCACAGUAUAUGUCUGUAUAUAUGCACAAAGAAUGCACACGACCCAGGGCUGGGACAGCAGAGGGCUAACACCUUACUGCCAGCUGCCCCUUCAAGAGCGCUUCAGACAACAGAGCCUCUGCCUAUUCAGUAAAACCCUCCUGGGCAGAUUUGCCAGCCUCCCUUGGCAACACUUUCUAAAGCUGUAUAGGCCCCCAUCAUCAACAAAUUCCCUUAUUUUGAAACAAAUACCCGCAGGCUCCUUUGAUUUGCUGUGCUCUUUCCCUACAUCAGGAGCCUGUGAGAUGAGCUAGUCCAACCCUGUUUGUGUUUAACAGACAAGCAAACAGUCACAUCCACAAACAGAGCUUCAAGACACCACCUCCUCAGCCUUCUCCAUUCUUACUAGAACGAUCACCAUUCUCUAGCUGACUCGGAGUUUUAACUUGCCCACAUUUUAUUAACGAGGCCUUUGAUAUAAUCCAGGCAAAUUCUUUGCAUACCUGUGGGUUGUGAAGCAAGGAACUAAUUAAACAUGCAUCCAGCCUUCUGUUCUCUUAUUUUAGAGGAUUUGUGUCCCCCCCCACAUACAUCUUAAUUUCUCAUACAAACUUUCCACUACACCUAUACACGGUUGUUUGCCUGUAUCCAGGUUUGGAUACCUUUGGAAUCCUGGGGUUUGACUGUGGCCCUACUAUGGUUUAGUUGUAUCAUUUCUACAGUGUCUGUAAUAAUCCAAGUGGGUGACUGGAACAUAAAGGUUUCUAAUUUGAUUUUUUUAAACUUUUUUUUUAAUAGUCCUGACCUGUAUAGAUACCAUCCAAAAGAAAUUGUGAACACUGUCUAUCCAUGUGACUCUGUCUUCUAUUAAUCUUCCAGUAGUUCUGUUCACCUGUGUUAAAAGAAUGUCCAAAGACAACUUUUAAUUUUCAGCAUUCCUCAUAUAUCUCAGUGGUAACUGAAAAAGACGAUUUAUCACUA